AUGGCGUGGCGAAGCCACGGCAGGACGAACGACGAGCUCGUGGACAACCUGUAUCGCAACGAGAUCAUCACCGAGCAUCGCGUCGCGAGGGCGAUGAAGUCCGUGGACCGCGCCAACUACGUCGCGAUGAAGGAGCCGUCGAUCGAUCCCUACCAAGACUCGCCGCAGCCCAUCGGCUACGGCGCGACGAUAUCGGCGCCGCACAUGCACGCGCACUGCCUCCAGGAGCUCUCCCGGUGGUUCGUCCCGGGCGCGAAGGUUCUCGACGUCGGCAGCGGGACCGGGUACCUCACCGCGCUGUUCGCGGAGAUGGUCACGCCGGACGGCGUCGUCGUCGGCGUCGACCACGUGGACGAGCUCGUGCGAGCGUCGCGAGAGAAUUUUCACAGAGGCGCGUUCGAGUCGCGCCGGUUCCCGGCGAAUCUCUCCGCCCACAAACUCCUGGCCGCGGGCGAGGUAAUCCUCGCCACCGCGGACGGAAGGAACGGGUGGCCCGGUCGCGCGCCGUACGACGCCAUCCACGUCGGAGCGGCGUCGCCGUCCAUCCCGGAGGCGCUGAUCGAGCAGCUCGCGCCCGGCGGGAGGCUCAUCAUCCCCGUCGGGCGAGAGCACGAGGGCCAGACGCUCAAGGCGGUGGACAAGGGCGCGUUCGCGUUUACACUGGUCCCCGACGGCAACGUGUACGAGAAGACGCUGAUGGGAGUGUUGUACGUGCCGCUGUGCGAUAAGGCGCAUCAGCUGAGAAGGUCGUGA